ACUAAGAAGAGGCUGACCGGUGUAAAGUGCAUGACAUCUGUAAACAGACUCCAGUCUUUUCGAAUUGUCUCCAGGGUUGGAUGAAUUAUAGCAAACGUUUAAAAAAAAUAACUGAAAAGGGGGGCACUGUCAAAAUGCUGUGGAGUAAAGCCUUCUGCCACUACACUGUGCUCCUCCUGAGCCUGUGGUUCUGUGUGGAAGCAGUGCCCAUCGCUGUGGACAAGACUAAAGUGGAAACCCCAGAGGAGAAACUGGAGGCACCACAGAGUGUGGACACCGGGCUUCACUAUGACCGCUACCUCAGGGAAGUCAUUGAUUUCCUGGAGAAGGAUGAGCAUUUCAGAGAGAAGCUCCACAAUACAGACAUGGAGGACAUUAAGCAAGGCAAGCUGGCCAAAGAGCUGGACUUUGUCGGCCAUCACGUGAGGACCAAACUGGACGAGCUGAAGAGGCAGGAGGUGAACAGGCUAAGGACGCUCAUCAAAGCCAAACAAGACGCUGAGGGAGGGCAUGAAAUGAACCACAAGGCGAUGCUCAAGCAGUUUGAGUACAUGAACCACAUGAACCCACACACCUUUGAAGUGGAGGACCUGGAUAAGCUUAUUCAAUCGGCUACCAAUGACUUGGAGAACUUUGACCAGAAGCGUCACGAGGAGUUUAAGAGGUACGAGAUGAUGAAGGAGCACGAGAGGAAGGAGCACCUGAAGAACCUCGACGAGGAGCAUCGUAAAGACGAGGAGCAGCACUAUGAAGAGCUGAGGAAGAAACACGCAGACCAUCCUAAAAUCAACCACCCUGGCAGUCAGGACCAGCUGAAAGAGGUCUGGAAGGAAUCAGAUGGUUUGGACCCAAAUGACUUUGACCCCAAGACCUUCUUCAAACUCCACGACACCAACGGAGACGGCUACAUUGAUGAGCAGGAGCUUGAAGCCCUGUUCACUAAAGAGCUGGAGAAGAUGUACAGACCCAAUCUAGAUGAGGAUGACAUGACAGAGAUGGAGGAGGAGAGACUGCGCAUGAGGGAACACGUCAUGAAUGAGGUAGACACCAACAAGGACAGACUGGUCUCCCUGGAGGAGUUCCUGAUGUCCACAAACAAGAAAGAGUUCUUAGAGCCAGACAGCUGGGAGACUCUGGAGCAGGCUCCCGCGUACACCGAUGAGGAGAUGAAGUUGUUUGAGGAGCAGCUGGCCCAGGAGGAGAGCAACCUCAACCAGAAGAACUCAGAUCUGCAGAAACAGAAGGAGGAGCUGGAGAGGCAGCAAGAGAAGCUCAACGCCCAGAAAGCUGAGCUGCAGCAGGCUGUGGAACACAUGCAGAUAAUAAAAUCGGAAAAAGCAAACGAGGUUAAAGAUGGAGGCGCUACAGUAGCAGUACCCCCUGGAGGUCAAGCAUUGCCAGUAUUACCAGGAGACAUUCUACCUCUACCCCCCGGUCACCAGCAACACUUACCUGCACGCUCUUAGCAGGCCUGGCAGCUUUUUCCUGUGUGUGGAUCUGUGUGUUUCCGUGUGUGUGUGUGUAUAUAAAUCUCGCAGUGAAUCAGUUUUAGUCUGUUUUAAUGUGUUGUCAGACCUCCGGAUUUUCCACAACACACCCCGAAUGCACAUAUACAGUCCAACAAUUUCCAGACACUAGCUAAACCAAUUAGAAUGUAGCCUUUGAUUUUGACCCACUUCUAGUUGUGGCAUUCUAUAGCUGGCAGGAGCAGCCAGCACAACCGACAAGACUUGAAAGAAUCUCUGAACCAGACAUUCUGUGGACAAUCCACUCUUCGUUAUUAGUUCAUUAUAACCUAUUGAUAACCACGGCACAGUUCUAGAUGGGAAGUGCUUUGGGAGAAGUGGGAAGAGUUUUUGUUCCUGAAUAUUAGCAGAAUGUGUGCAGUAUUUCGUUUUCUACCUGGUUAGGUAGGCUACCCAGUGGCAUCGUUUCUUUGGAGAAACAUGUUUAAAAUACAUUUGGUUGAAUAGUUUACAGAGGUGGGAAAAUGAAGGUCAAAUGAAUGUCUAUUUUGACAUGCUGCUUGAUAGUAUGCUGUCAACCUCAAUAAGUUAUAAUUUACCUUGAUAAUAAAUAGCCUUGCUGAUUCAUUCCUGACAUUAAUAAUUGCCCAUACACAGGUACAAACUCCUAUUGCCUUCACAUCAAUGACAAUGAAGGCAUAAAUAGUUAUUUUCAGUAUUACAUUGGUUUUAAUUGGACUUUGUUAAUUAAGAAACUAUUAUGGUACUGUAAUUCAAUAUUGGCCACUUUUUUUUUUACCUGCCAUAAACUGCUAUUCUUCCUUUGAACAAAAACA